UCUGCAUUCUAUCCUGCUUUUUUACCUAGUUUGUAUUGUCCAGCCGGUGUGUGCCACGUUACCAAACAAAACUGCCCACAUAUAGUUUAGUUAAUGGAUCAUUUUUUGCGCUUUGGUAUCAUUUUAAACACCAAAAUACAUUCCGUGAGCAGAUUAUUACCAAGAGUUCUGCAACAAAUGAUUGAGGAUGGCGAUGUCCGCCUGGUGUGGUGAGUGAUGUCCCAGAGAGGAUGGGUCAGACCAUGUGUAUCUGUUCCCGUGGCUCUAUCACCAUCGAAAACAAAAGAUACUUCUUCAUCCAGAAACUAGAUGAAGGAGGGUUCAGCUACGUGGACCUGGUGGAGGGGGUGCAGGAUGGGCGUUUCUACGCCCUAAAGCGGAUCCUCUGCCAUGACCGAGAGGGCCGGCGGGAGGCCCAGACGGAGGUGGACAUGCACCGUCUCUUCAGCCACCCUAACAUUCUGGGCCUGGCUGGGCACACCUUUGUCGAGCGUGGCGGCAAGAGCGAGGCCUGGAUACUGUUGCCGUACGUCGAGAAGGGUAGCCUCUGGUCUGUGCUAGAGAAGCUGAGGGACAAGGGCGGCUUCAUGUCGGAGAGACGCGUCCUUCGGAUCCUUCGGGGCAUUUGUUGUGGACUGAAGGCCAUGCACGACAAAGGCUACGCGCACAGGGACCUGAAGCCCACCAACGUGCUGCUCGAGGAGAACGACCGGCCUCUUCUGAUGGACCUGGGAUCCAUGAACCGUUCCAGGAUCGAGGUCAAGGGGACCAAGGAGGCCAUGACGCUGCAGGACUGGGCGGCUCAGAGGUGCACCAUAUCGUACCGCGCCCCGGAGCUCUUUAAUGUGGAGAGCCACUGCAUCGUCGACGAACGGACAGACAUCUGGUCUCUGGGCUGUGUACUGUACAGCAUGAUGUUCCUGGAGGGACCCUAUGACAUGGUGUUCCAGAAGGGAGACAGUGUGGCCCUCGCUGUCCAGAACCCGAUUACCAUCCCCCAGCCCUGCAGCUACUCAGAAAGCCUUCAGACUCUGCUGAGCUCCAUCAUGGUGUCCAACCCCCAGGAAAGACCGGAUGUCAACUGGAUACUGGACCAGAUCGAGGACAUCUUGUGCUCCAGCCCCGACACCCAGACCAACACGGUAUGAUGCUUUUGAUCAGAGGGGAACCCCCGGUCAGGCUGGUUCGUCUCUGAUACCUCUGGGUCUCUGCUUCCAAAAUCUGUGGACGAUCAACUUUGAUGCCCUCAACGAUUCUGACCUCAUUAUUUGUCUCUUUGUUGUUAGAUGUUCUUAGGAUCCUUCCGUAUUAACACACACAAACGAUACCGCUAUGCUGCAGUCGAAACCUCAUAAACACAUCAUUAGUCGUCACUGUCUUUUAUAUGCAGGUGUUACAAUAAGCUUGUACGCAGUGUCAAUCAACUCCACAUCUAGCUCUCCUUGUGGAUAUUGAUGGCACCGUCUUGUGUCUGCUAGUGAAUAGGAAGUCAUGGUAAUAUUAACAGACACUGCAGUGAAACGGUUCUUUGGACCAGGAAAAGGAACUUGUGAAUCUUUGGGACAAUGUGGGAAGUUCCACACAGAUGGUUGCCGUGGGAAAAGACUUGGCCUUAUGGACCAUUUUUGAUCUGCUUCAAAGGGAAUUUAAAAACAAGUUAAUUAUUACUUUUUAUUAUAUCACAAGUGAACUCCAUUACUUACUUUUUUCUUUCAUCAAGAAAUUAUAAAAAAUACGCAACAUACUGCUGUAUUUUCAGUCCUGACACAUUCAUUUAAGCCUGUAUGUAUUUUAUCAUUACCAAACAUGUUUCUAUUUUGAGUGUAAAUAUGAUGAUAUGGUAAUAUUGUUUUGGUUUCUCAGGUUUUUCUCAUUCAAUACUCGCCACAUUUGCUUAAUAGGAACUUUUAAUGGUUGCUUUUUCUUUUUAAAUAUAUGUGCAUCUAUUCAACAAGCAAUGAUUUUUCUGUGCAUUGUAAUUAAUUUGCCUAUUUAGCAAAUAUUAAUUUGGAAUUUAAAUGGAACAAUGGAAAAUGUAGAAUGUACUGUACUAACUAUAUGGUUAUGUUUUUGGUUAUGUUUUUAUGGUUAUGUUUUUGGAUAACAGUUGUUUUUGGACUGAAUUUCAGUUGCCAUAAUGUAAUAGGAAAUCACAUAGUACUUGAAAUGCAACAGAAUUUAUCUAGCAACACUUUAAUGCAUGGCUUAUGUCUCAUGAGAUCGGUGUUUUAAGGUCUUUGUUUGAAUUGAAAGUACAAUUUUGUAUUUUAUGCAAAGUAGGCCCUUAUGACACUAUAGUUUGAGAGCCUGACUGUUGUCCUGAAGGGACUGCUAGGGGCUUGAUCUCCCUUCACUCAGUAAGACCUUUCAAUCUGUGAACAUACAGUAUGCAAAACCUCUACUCACUAGACACAUGGAAAUAAAAUGGUACUGAUGCGUACCGGUCCGAUGCUAA